AUGGCGACAACUUCAAAUUCGAAAGUGAAACUGAAACUUCUGAUUGACAAAAAAAAUCAGAAAGUUCUUUUUGCAGAGGCAAACAAGGAUUUCGUAGAUUUCCUAUUUAGCCUCAUGUCUUUUCCACUAGGAAACGUCAUUAGGCUGCUUACAAAAAAUAACAUGGUGGGCUGUUUAGGCAACCUUUAUGAGAGCAUUGAAACCCUAAGUGACACUUACCUUCAACCAACGCAAAACAAGGACUCCAUUUUGAAGCCAAAAGUUCCAUUUCCAGCCACUCAAGCGCCACUUUUGUUGCCAAACUCUGAAUUUUCCAGUCAAAAGGUGUACUAUUGUCCUAGAGGUUGCGCUUGGCGAGUGGCUUUUGACCAAGAUGUGGCUUGCCCCGGUUGCCAGAGCAAAAUGUCUAGUAUAGCAGCGGUUGUUGCUACUAAUCAUGCAAAGCAAGUGGCCAGCAACGGAGAUGGUACUGGAUUUGUGAAAGAUGUGGUUACUUACAUGGUGAUGGAUAAUCUUGAGGUGAAGCCGAUGUCUACCAUAUCUGGUAUUACUUUGAUCAACACCUUCAGUAUCCGGGAUUUAAGUUGUCUCGAAGAGAAAAUGGUUGAUAUCGGAGUAGAUGAGGGUUUGAAGCUUCUUCAGGUGGCAUUGCAGGCCAAGAAUGUGCUGACAAGUGUUUUCCUCAAGGCAUGAAGUUUGUUUUGUUUUGGAAUUGGAAAUGAAUGUUUGUUUGGCAAGUAAUCUUGCUAGGUUAAGUUAUGUUUAUCUUUUUUUGUUUUUGGUUUAAGUUAUGUUUAUCUUGU